AAAAAAAGGGAAACAGAGUCGAUCUUACAAAAAUAAACUAUGGCAUUAUAAAUGUGAGGUGCCGGUGGUGGCGUGGUGCCACCGCAAGGAGGUGCCGGGUGCGGUCCUACCCUUCCAGCAGGCAGCAGAUAAAUGCCCGAAUGGGUAACGUUAGAACCGAAGUAAACAAACAGAAAUUGCUACGAAGCUCUCUGUCUUCAAAACUGAAAGCUGAAGGCUGACGCAGAGCAGAAGGUGGAGGUGGAGGUAGGGUUGGGAGACAGAGGAUGUGGAAGAAGGAGCAGAGCGUGAACAUGAUGCUUGCGUUAAUCGUCUCGUCGAUCCUGUUGAUAAUUUCCUUCACCGAUGGCGCCUUUACGUCUCGGAUGCUUCAACGCGCGACUGACUCCUAUUACUUAACCCAGGAGGAACUCUGGUUCAAUCAGACUCUCGAUCACUUCUCCCCUUAUGAUCGACGACAAUUUAAGCAGCGCUACUAUGAAUACAUGGACUAUUUCCGACCUAAUGAUGGACCCAUUUUUUUGACAAUAUGUGGUGAAACUUCGUGCAAUGGGAUAGCCAAUGACUAUAUCAGUGUUUUAGCAAAGAAAUUUGGUGCAGCUGUGGUUUCUCUUGAGCAUCGGUAUUAUGGGAAGAGUUCCCCCUUUAAAUCACUCACAACAAAGAAUCUGGCAUAUCUUUCAUCUAAACAAGCACUUUUUGAUUUGGCGAUUUUUCGUCAAUAUUACCAGGAAUCCUUAAAUGCAAAGCUCAACAAAUCGGACAUUGAAAAUCCAUGGUUUGUCAUUGGUGUUUCAUAUUCUGGAGCUCUUAGUGCGUGGUUUCGUCUAAAGUUCCCUCAUUUAACUUGCGGAAGUCUUGCAAGUUCUGGUGUUGUCCUUGCUGUUUAUAACUUCACUGAAUUUGACCAGCAGAUUGGUGAGUCAGCUGGCACAGAGUGUAAAGCUGCACUGCAAGAGAUUAACCAACUUGUUGAGCACAGGCUUGCAGUAAAUGGAAAAGCAUUGAAGACAUCCUUUGGUGCAGCUGAGCUGGAUAAUGAUGCUGAUUUCCUGUAUUUUCUGGCAGAUGCCGCAGUUACAGCGUUUCAGUAUGGAAAUCCAGACAUACUAUGCUCCCCACUUAGUCAGGCAAAGAAGGAUGGACAGGAUUUGGUGGAUGCAUACGCCACAUAUGUGAAAGACUACUAUGUUGGAAGUUUUGGUGCUAAAGUUCAAACAUAUAAUCAAGACCAUCUGAAAGACAUUGCUGUUGGGGAAGACAGCUCUGACCGGUUGUGGUGGUUCCAAGUUUGUAGUGAGGUUGCAUAUUUCCAAGUAGCACCUUCAAAUGAUAGCAUCCGCUCUUCAAUGAUUAACACGAGAUAUCACUUGGACCUCUGCAAAAAUGUUUUUGAAGAGGGCAUUUACCCUGAUGUCGAUGCAACAAAUAUAUACUAUGGAGGCACAAAAAUAGCAGGUUCAAAAAUAGUCUUUACAAAUGGCUCACAAGAUCCCUGGCGCCAUGCAUCCAAACAAACUUCAUCCACAGAUUUGCCAUCGUACAUGAUCUCUUGUCAUAACUGUGGUCAUGGAACUGACCUACGAGGAUGUCCCCAAAUUCCUUUAAACCUUGAAGGCGAUGCCCGGAAUUGCAGCUCUCCUGAUGCAGUUCACAAAGUCAGGCAACAGAUUGUAGAGCACAUAGACUUGUGGCUGUCUGAGUGCCAAGCCACUAAGAGGAGUUCUGCAUGAGAUAAAUAGCUGCAUAUAAUAACGUGAAAGAUGGUACUGUCCACUAACCUGAGUCCGAGUUAUUUGUCCUAGUACUUUGAAACGUGAGUCCGAGUUAUAUUGUCUUCGUACGACACAUGUAAUCGCUCAUUUGAAAGAGGUCGCUCCUAUGAGUUGUUUGAGUAGUUGUGUGCAUUAGAUAAAUCCCAAUGUAAAGUAAACAGAACAUGUUUACUGUCAUGCAAUCGUACCUUUGUGUUUUCUUGUCUU